UAUCAAGUUCUAUAGCCAUCACAUAGCCGCCUAAACUUCUCUGACCCAAUGUUGAAGAUCCAUAAAGGAGAAUCCGAAGGCGAGAUGGUGGAAUGAAGAUCUCAUUUUACUAGCACAUGUUAGAGAAGAAGGAAUCCAAUUCAGGCAAGCCAGAUUUAAUUUUCUAUCAAAGAUCUGAUAUACUUGUCUUAAACCAUUUAACUUUUAUUGAUUUAGUUGUUAGAUCAAGCAAGAAAACAAAAACUAAAAGAAUUCUGUAAUGGAUUAAACUGUUGAUAUGUGGGUAGCGAAAUUAACGGUACAGAUUCGAUUUAAUCGUUUGAUUUUUUGUUUUAUAAGGUUAGCUGAAUCACGGGUUUUGUUUGAAACUAACCCGUUGAAGCCGCUUGGAGAUCUGCUUGAACUUGAGGGACUUUUGACACCAAGGUUUUGUCAUGCUCUUUCAAUCAAAAACAAUGGGUCUCUGAAACUGAAAAACGAAAGUUGUCAUCCGUCCAUCCCUAAGUUUAAAAGGUUAGCGGAAGAAGCUUGGUUGGAAUUUGGCCUGAAAGUGAAGAGGUUGAGUCUUUCUAGCCCUAUGAGUUUAUCAAGCUCCAAUGGGAUUGGAUUGGAGAAGCUGUGGAACUGUUUUAAGCGAGGUUAAUCUGAUCAAGGAGAUAAUACAAUCGUCUGAAAAAACUAUUUUUGGACUUGAAAGUAGCUAGGGUCUAGUCCGAUCACUUCACUGUACUUGACAUUAAGAGUGAUACCAGUAGAAGUUACUUAGCUUUUAUUCCCCCUGUUUUUGGAUAAGAGGAUACCUCUUAAACUUAAGAACGAAAGAGCUCAAUUUCUAAAGGAAAGUAACCAAUUUGUAAUUGUAACUAUGUGUUAAUGAUGGUCACUACUCUCUACAUAUAUAUAACAUAACUCCAUCGACUUGAUGGAGGCAAGUAU